AACUUUUCUUCUCCUGCCGUCUCGUUUCUCUCAGCUUGUCAGAAGUCCGGCAAGUCGUGUAUCGCAGGCUGAUAACGUCAAUAUCACAAAAGUUUGUCGUAAAAGUCUUUUAAAUGACCUUAGGGAGAUAGUGACCUAAAGUGUGACUGCCGUUUCGUUUUGAAGAAAAUUGUAAAUAACUGCAUUAAAUACCUCUACAAGUUAAACAUGUUCCGAACCGCUAUACUCAGGAGUGAUGUGGCCAAAGAAGUCGUAAGGAAAGCCUUUCGUGCACAAAGUUUAAGACACCUUGCUGUUCAAACUUUAAGGCAAAGGAAUUGUUCCAGAGCUCUUCCAAAUGGCAUAUCAAAUGAGAUUCUUCGACCAUGGAAACAUUCAGAAGAAAACCUGGUUAGAUAUUAUUCCAGUGACUUGCCAAGCCAUAUUCGAGUCACUUUACCGGCACUAUCUCCCACUAUGGAACUAGGGACCAUCAUCAGUUGGGAAAAGAAAGAAGGUGACAAGCUAAAUGAAGGUGAUUUGUUGGCUGAAAUUGAGACUGAUAAAGCUACCAUGGGAUUUGAAACGCCUGAAGAAGGAUAUCUAGCAAAAAUUUUAAUUCCAGCUGGUACCAAAGAUGUUCCUAUUGGAAAAUUGGUCUGUAUAAUUGUUGAAAGUGAAGGUGACAUAGCCGCUUUUAAAGAGUUUAAAGAUGAUGCUGCUGCUGGAGCCCCAGCAGCAGCGCCAAAACCAGCUGCACCGGCACCUUCUGCACCAACACCUGCGGCUGCACCACCAACUCCUCAAGCUGCUCCUGUAUCUCAGCCACCCGCAGCUGCUCCACAUGGAGACCGAGUGUAUGCUAGUCCUAUGGCCAAAAGAUUGGCGGAACAAAGAAAUAUUCGUUUGCAAGGAAAAGGAACAGGCUUGUUUGGCGCCAUAACUUCCUCAGAUUUAGCCUCUCAGGUGUCUGCAGCCCCAGCUGCUGCAGCGCCCGCUUAUGCACCGCCCACAGCGGCAGCGGGCGCCCCCGCCGCUCCACCACCUCCAGCUCAAAGCAUCUUCGUUCCUCCGGUGGCCCCCGGCAGCAGCCACGCCUCUGCCUCCGCGCCCGGUCCCUUCGUGGACAUCCCUGUGUCCAACAUUAGGCGCACCAUUGCCAAGAGACUUCUCGAGUCGAAACAGCACAUCCCCCAUUACUACCUCACCUCCGAAGUUAACGUAGACAAGCUGCUCAAAGUCAGGUCGACGUACAACAAGAAAUUGGAGAAGAGCGGCGUGAAGCUUAGCGUAAACGAUUUUAUUAUUAAAGCCGUCGCUGUCGCUUCACAAAAGGUGCCUGAAGCCAACUCUGCUUGGAUGGACUCUACAAUUAGACAAUUCAAGAACGUAGAUGUAAGUGUAGCAGUAUCGACGGACAAAGGUUUGAUUACACCGAUAGUGUUUGAAGCAAAUAAUAAAGGUGUAGUACAAAUCAGUUUGGCAGUUAAGGAAUUGGCGGCUAAGGCUAGACAAAAUAAGUUACAACCACAAGAAUUUCAAGGUGGUAGCAUCAGCGUAUCUAACUUAGGUAUGUUUGGUGUUGACUAUUUUUCUGCCAUCAUCAAUCCUCCUCAAGGCUGUAUCCUUGCUAUUGGAACAACAAGCACAAGAUUAGUACCAGACGAUAACAACGAAAAAGGAUUCAGAGAAGCUCAGUUCCUAACAGUAACACUCAGUUGUGACCACAGAGUAGUCGAUGGUGCUGUUGGUGCCAGAUGGCUGCAAGUUCUUAGACAAUGUCUUGAAGACCCCGUGGCAAUGAUUCUUUGAAAGAUUUAAUGUGUUUUUACGAUACAAAAAAUGUAUUUUUAAGAUCAACCCGUUGAAAGGGACAGUCAUCCAUAUUUUUAUUUUAUUUGUUAUUCAGUUUUUAAGUUAUUUAACAGAUUUUAAGAGCUGAGUCGCUUAGCGCCUAAAAUACUGGUUGUUAUUUUAAAAUGAUAGUAGAUUUUUAAGUUAUUAUAGUUAUACUACUAUCAUUUUGUAAAAUAUCUGCAUUUAAAGUAAAUCACUCACUUUUUAUUAAUUUGCCCGCAUUAGACGUGGCAAAUUAUUUGUUAUAUCUCUUGAUUUCAUGUAAAUAAUAUAAACAUUAAAUUAUAUUGUACAGUUA